AUGGAUGGCCCAACAGGCAGCGCAUUAGGCACUGUCCGCAUCCGAAAUCCAGAUACCAAACAAAUUAUUCUGAUCCCACCACCUACGAACGAUCCCAAUGACCCUCUCAACUGGUCCAAAAUCCGACGUUACUACAUUGCCAUCUCAGCAUGCGUUGCCAUGUUUCUCUGCACCUUCUUGGCUAGUGGUCCGUCUGUGGCACUUCCACAAAUGGCGGAAGAAUUCUUGGGACACUCGGGGUUGAAACCAACCGAACGAAUUGCCAAAGCAGCGUACUUCAUUACAACCGUAACUCUAAUGCAAGGCAUUGGAUGUCUUGCGUGGAUGCCACUCAUCAUCAAAUAUGGCCGCCGACCUGUCUACAUUGCUUCUUUCACUCUGUACACUGUUACUGUAAUCUGGGCGGCAGUGGCUGACUCAUACGCAAAUCAACUCGCUGCAAGGAUUGUGAUGGGAUUUGCUAUAGGGGCUGGUGAAUGUUUAGCUCCCGUCACAAUUGCAGAUGUCUCCUUUCUCCAUGAACGCAGCGCAUUGAUGGCCGUAUAUACGGCUGCGGUUUCAGGUGGUGUUGCUGGAGGCAUCAUUGUCUCUGGUCUGAUCACCAUUGCUCAUGGAUGGAGGACAAUUUACUACGUUUCAGUGGCCCUUAUUGGCGCAAUGACUGUUGUAUUAUGCUUCACCAUGCCCGAAACCUCAUACAUCCGAAACCCUGUCGAAGCCGAAACCGACAACACUUCACCUCCUUUGGAUAAAGAAAGUGGCACAGAACACACCGAAAGCAUCGGCUUCAGGGGGCAGAGUAUUCCCCAAAAAUAUACAUUUCCCCAACAACUUCGUGUCUUUCAUGGAACAUUCACAGAGGAGCCGCUGGUCAAGAUAUUUGUUCGGCCAAUUGGGCUUCUGAUUCUACCACCAGUUCUGUGGGCCACAUUGGUCAUGUCCGUACUAAUCGGGUUUUUAGUUGCAGUCUCUUCCACAUUUUCGGCUGCAUUCUCCCAAGUCUACAAGUUUGAGCCAUAUCAGUCCGGGCUAUGCUUCGUCUCGGCUCUGAUUGGUUCCCUUAUUGGCAUCGCCUUUGGAGGGAAGUUUACUGACAUCGUUGCCGAUUAUUUCACCAAGAGGAAUGGCGGUGUCCGAGAACCAGAAAUGAGGAUUCCGGCUAUAAUAAUAAGCCUUCUAGCAGCUCCAACUGCUUUAGUACUGUAUGGCGUCGGUAUCCAAAACAGAUUACACUGGAUGGUCCCAACACUGGGGCUAGGUCUGCUAAACUUCUCUAUCGUUCAGGCAGUCAACAUAAGCAUGGUGUACACAAUCGACUCGUACCGGCCAAUUGGAGGGGAGGUUGUUGUAGCACAAUUAGGUUUCAAAGCCUGUUUUGGAUUUCUACUUUCCUUUUACACCAACCCAUGGAUUGAACAAGUUGGUUACAGCAUUGCUUUUGGUACUAUGGCAGCCAUUACUGGAGUAGUCCUUCUCGCUGGCCUCCUGUUUUAUUUCUUCGGAAAAGAGAUCAGACACACUUCUCUUCGCUGGCAGGCGCUACGAUUUGUGCUUUGGAACAAAGACCGAGAACUUGGAGAGUAA